AUGAAGCGCCCUAGGACGGAGCAGGAGCCGGCGGGCGAGGUGUCGCUGGCGCUGUCGCUGAGCACUACGGAAUCGUCCACGACGUCGGACUCCACGGGGACCCCGUCGUCGUCGGCGAAGCGGGCGCGGCGGAGGGGCGCCGUGGUGGCCACGUCGGGGGAGGGGGAGUUCGUCUGCAAGACCUGCAGCCGCGCCUUCACCUCGUUCCAGGCGCUUGGCGGCCACCGGACCAGCCACCUGCGGGGCCGCCACGGCCUCGAGCUCGGCGUCGGCGCCAGGGCGCUCAAGCAGCACAAGCAGGCCGCCGCCGCGGCCAACGGCGGCAGCGGAGGAGACAAGCCGCCGCAACAGCAGCAGCACGAGUGCCACAUCUGCGGGCUCGGCUUCGAGAUGGGGCAGGCGCUGGGCGGCCACAUGAGGAGGCACCGCGAGGAGAUGGGCGCCGCCGACGCCGCCAACGCCUGGGUCUGGCGCACCGAGGCCCCGCGCGCCGCCGCCAUCGAUCCGCCCGUCUUGCUCGAGCUCUUCACUUAG